AUGGAGUGGUGCAGAGAAGCGUCGGCCGGCCGCGAGCACGCGCACUGCACGGACGAUGGCGCCGAGGGCGUCGAUGUCGUGGAAGCCAAAGCCGACAGCGUGGACGACAGUGCGGCCGUCGGCGGUCGCGGUUGCGUAUAUUUUGCCGUGGCGAUUGUCGAAGCAGGGUUUGAAAAUUACCUCGGAAUUGAGGAUCUGGGCCUGCGCUACUACGUGGGGGUACAGCUGUCUGGACCUCCACAGCAAAGUCUGUUCGUCGGAGUCGCGCGGAAGCGGAUAGGGGUCAUUGUGCUGGUGGGGCCCCGUGAGGACCACGACAUGGGGAUCUUGGACAAGUGGGGUCAGUCUAGUGUACUGGUGUUGCGCAGAUUCGUGUAUAUAUGCCGUGCCGAGCUCUUGCGGACAGUACAGUAG